AUGGAAUCAAGAUCAAAUGUUCUAAAUGAGGAUCUGAUUGGGACAUAUCAGUAUAAGAGGAUGUUAAGGAACAGGUGCCAGUGUAUAUUUGAGGGGAAUGAAGAGCACAGCGGCCCCUCUCUGCUUAACAAUAUCUAUACAGAGCUCUACAUCACUGAUGGUCAAAGCAGUGAGCACACCAAUGAACAUGAAAUCAGACAGAUCGAGACAGCAUCAAAACAUCCAGCCACAUGGGAUGAACCUAUCAAGGCUAAUAAUAUCUUUAAAACUUCUUCAGGAUCUACUAAACAAAUCCAAACUGUGCUAACCAAAGGAAUCGCUGGCAUUGGGAAAACAGUGUCUGUGCAAAAGUUCACACUGGACUGGGUUGAGGACAGAGCCAACCAGGACGUCCACAUGAUAUUUCCACUACCUUUUCGAGAAAUGAAUGUAAUUAAAGAAAAGAAAGUUAGUCUGAUAAACAUUCUCGAGUGCUUCUUCAAUCUCAAGAUAGAUCCAGAAGUGUUACACUCAGACAAAUACAAGAUAGUCUUUAUCUUUGAUGGACUUGAUGAAUGUCGGUUUCCCCUGGAUUUCCAAAACAACAGGAGUUGCUCUAGUGUGACUGAAUCAGUCUCAGUCGGUGUCCUACUGACAAACCUCAUCUGCAAGAACUUACUUCCUUCUGCUUUUGUCUGGAUAACCUCACGACCAGCUGCAGCAGGUCAAAUACCACCUGACUUCUUGGACCGUGUGACAGAAGUGCGAGGUUUCAAUGACUCCUACAAGGAAGAAUACUUCAAGAAAAAAAUAAGUGAUCCAGACUUGUCCUCCAGGAUAAUCUCCCACUUGAAGUCCUCAAAGGUCCUUCACAUCAUGUGCCACAUCCCAGUGUUCUGUUGGAUAUCAGCUACAGUUCUCGAAAGAAUGUUUCUUGAUUCUGAGGGGGGUGAGAUUCCCAAGACCCUCACGCAAAUGUAUUCACAUUUCUUGAUGUUCCAGAUCAAGCAAGGGAGUCACAAAUACAAUGAGAAUUCCGAAGCCGGUUUGAAGUGGGAUAACCAGACCACAUUGUUGCUUGGAAAGCUUGCAUUUCAGCAGCUUGAAAAGGGUAAUUUGUUGUUCUAUGAAGAAGAUUUGAGGGAAUGUGGCAUUGACCUUCACAUUGCAUCAGUGUAUUCAGGAGUUUGUACCCAAAUCUUCAGAGAAGUAGCAGGGCUACUUCAGGAGAGGGUCUUCAGCUUCAUACACUCAAGUAUACAGGAGUUUCUGGCUGCAUUGUAUGCAUUUCUUGUGUUUGUCAACCAUAAACGGAAUGUCCUCAGUCAGACGACAAAUGCUAAAAUCAUUAAUACUUUCAAAAAAAUGUCAGUGCAGGAAUUUUUAAAGUGUGCUGUAGAUAAUGCUUUAGCAAGUGAAAACGGACAUUUGGACCUUUUCCUUCGCUUCUUGUUGGGACUGUCCCUUGAGUCCAACCAGACUCUUCUUAAGGGACUCCUGAAUGAGGUGAGUGAUACUGAUAGCAGCAUAAAAAUGAUUCAAUACGUCAAGGAAAAAAUAAGGGACCACCCUUCAGCAGAGCAGGCAAUAAGUCUUUUCCAUUGCCUAAGUGAAAUGAAAGAUGAUUCAUUGGUUGAGGAAAUGCAGGACUUCAUUAAUUCACAUGGUUUUAUUGGUGGAAAGCUAUCUCCUUCAAGCUUUUCUGCUUUGGCCUACAUAUUGCUUACAUCUGCAGAAGAACUGGAUGUGUUUGACUUGUCAAAGUUUGUUCAUCCGAGCAUGUCUUCAAAUGAGGGACUGUUAAGAUUGCUGCCAGUUAUCAAAGCAUCCCGAUCAGUUAUAUUGAUGUCCUGUAAUGUGACAGAUAAAGGCUGUUCAGGCCUGUCCUCUGUACUUAGUUCAAGUCUCUCAUGUCUGAGAGAACUGGAUUUGACUUCCAACAAUCUUCAAGAUUCAGGAAUAAAACAACUUGCUGCCGGACUGGGGAAUCCUCAGUGUAAACUAGAAAUUUUGAGAUAG